AUGAAUUUACAGACAAAGUUGAAUAAUUCACUUAAUGAUGUGUUGAAGACAUCAGGAUACAUAUUUGAGAUCAUUGGUAAUAAUAAGAAACAAAGUAAUUUGAUAACGGGGACUAAUAAUCAAUUGAUUUCUCCUGCCAUAACUGCACAAUUAUCGAAUAGUAUAACUAAAUUUGAUGAAAUUCUUGAUGAAACUUUAUCUAAAUUCAAUGAUGCCAGAUGGUGUAUUGAUCAAAUUCUUGAGAAUAAACAACGACAAGAAGAAUUAAAAUUGAAAGAAGAGUUGGAAAGAAAGAGAAAAGAAGAAGAACGAAAGAAGUUAGAGGAAGAACAACGUAUAAUUGAAGAAAAGAGACGAAAAGAAGAAGAGAUUGCCGCAAAACUAAAAGCUGAAAGAGAAGAAGCAGAAAGAUUAAAGGCCAUAGAACAAGCUGAAUUAAAGAAGAAGAUGGAAGAACAAAUCAAACGUGCUAAAGAAGAAGAAAUUCAAAGAAAGAAAUUAGAUGAAGCUAAUAAACAACGAGAAGAACAACAAAAUCAAGAUUUUGGUGAUUUAAUGUCGAGUAAUGAUUUUAAUUUCAAUCUUGGAGAAUUGGAUAGUAAUAAAGAUUUAUUAUCUGGUAUGGAAUUUAAUAAUGAUCCUCAAUUAUCCUUAGAUGUUGGUAAUAGUGCCAAUCAACUUAAUAUGGAUCUUGGAGAUCUUGGUCUUGGUAAUGAUGGAACCAGUAAUAAUCUUACUUCAACUAAUAAUAAUAAUAACAAUAAUAGUAAUAACAAUAACAGCAAUCUUAAUGCAUCUAAUAGUAGUGCCAACUUGGGAGGUGCAUCAGCUAUUGAUAUGAAUAGUAAUGGAAAUGGAGGUAGUGGAAGUGUGAGUGGAACAGGCCUUGAUGGAUUUAUAGAUGAUGGAAUGGGAGAACUCGAUGGAAGUGGUGUUAAUGAUAUGGAUACCAAUAUGAAUAAUCUAUUAGAAAAUGAUGAUCUGAUAAUCAAUGGUUUCAGUAUGAGUUUAAUUGAUCAAGGAUAUGAUACUACUACGAAUAAUGGAGCUGGAGUUAACAAUGAUGAAGAUUUUGAUGUUGAUAGUUUCUUAAAUCAAUUCGGUGGACCUGAUUAA